AAAAUGAUGCACCCUGUUGCCAGCAGCAAUACAGCUUUCUGUGGGACCGGCAAGAGUUCUUGCCUUAACGAAGACAAUGUGAGAUCUGCCGAUCAGUUUGACUUGUACGCCACGCAGCAAAGUAAAUACAGCCACGCAGUCAGCCACAAACCAAUUGCAUGCCAGAGACAAGAUGCGUUGAACGAAUCGCACUUGCAGACCACAAGUGGCAGGAAUAUAGAGACAAAAGACGAACUAAAGAAAAAGAAAAACCUCAACCGAUCUGGUAAACGUGGAAGGCCAUCAGGGACCACAAAAUCAGCAGGGUACCGAACCAGCACAGGUCGACCCCUGGGGACCACCAAAGCAGCUGGAUUUAAGACAAGUCCAGGCAGACCCUUGGGUACAACUAAAGCAGCGGGAUACAAAGUCAGCCCAGGCAGACCUCCAGGAAAAAAGCAGCAAGCCUUCAGGUGUUCCAGUGAUGCCUAACACAUAUUGAGCUGGACUUUAUGCUGUACUUUACAAUAGGUGUGUUGAAUUGUUUUGGGGGAACUGUGUAUGCACUGGCAACUAAGACAAUGAACCUCAACUAUACUGGAUGGCUCCCUAGUCGAUAGAUGAACUAAUGGCAGCUAAACUGCUACUAAAAAAUAGUUUCUUCAUGCUGAAGCUAUGAAAUCCAGUUAUACGUUCUGUUCCUCAGCAAACUCGCAAGUCUGCAAUUUAGCAAUCUAUCUCAGAACGAUGUAACUUCUGACACAUGCAAAAUGCUAACGUGAGUUAAUUCACCCUCAGGAUCUGUGUUGUAUUGGCUGUUUUUAAUCAGAUGAUUUUUUUCAACAAAAGACUGCUUUAAGUUCUUUCCUGAACUCAGCUGGGAAAGCAGUCCUCUUCGGCUGAAUGUAGUAACCGCAGGAGUGUCGCACCUCGCUGGCAAGGAACGUGUUGCAUGUCACCACUGUACCUUGGAGAAGCUCCACUUCUUACCUCCUCCUGUUUAUCCUGUUUGCUCCCAUUCCGUUUCUCACUUGUGCAUCUACUCAAUGGUGCUGUGCCGUGUGUCAGGAGAUGAUGCAGAUGUAUUGCUGUUCUGCUAGUGUAAUGAAUUUUGUAUUCAAGUAUGCUGAUGAAAUAAUGAAAUCAUCUAAGCAGUUUCUGUUCAUUACGGUGUUUAUUAAUUAUAUCAGAUGGAAUAUAAUCCCAGUAAAAAACAAUUAAUGUCGUCAAUUGUGGAAUGAUGAGCAUAAGGUAGAAAAGUGUUCAGAGAGUCUAAUGGGCUGCCUGGCACUCCAGAUCUAGCAAGGAGACCAGAAGUGCCCUGCUGGGCAUUUCCGAAUUCUGGUUUGUUUUCUAUCUGACUCCAGUUUACUGGUGCCGUGCAGUGAGGGGAAGAAAAAAAGAUGUUAAGGAUUCGAAGUGACCGAGAAAUGGAAUUUUCAAAUACUUCUGCUUUUCCUCUGUAUAAUCUGCAGAAUACAUUGUGCUUUUUUCAACACUUUUCUUUCCGUGGCAAACACUGAAACAGCAUGUUAAUGCCUAAAGUUUAUUAGCACCGAUGGGAAAACUGGCCUUUUCCCCCCAUAGUAUGAGAACAUUACUUGUAAGGUAAAUUGCUUAUUUUAUAUUAUAUAUCAUCAUUCAGCUAUUCAUAAGCUAGGAUCACUGUUGCGUGUUAACACUGUUGAGAAGAUCUACAUGUCAAGUUUGUUUUUUAAUAAUUGCUUUUAAUUAUCAAGUUUCUAACAUCUUAUUUAUACAUAAAUGAAAUGUAUUAGCUUGCUAUUAUUCCUUAGUGAUGCUAUACAAGUUCACUGGUUAAUAUACAUAUAGUAACUAUUAUUCAGUUUCUGAUUAAAUUUACUUAAACUUUAAAGCCAAAUAAUUUUGCUACUAUAAAGUCUUGCACUGGACAUAUUCACCAUAUUUUGGCAGAAAAAAAAUCAGAUACCAUCAGAAGUGGCUAACUUUGAUAUCAAAGAUAGUAUUUUUAAAAUCGGCAGUUAGCUUUGUCGUUAAAGCAACGUUCUUUCUAUCUCGGAUUUAGGCUAAACUAACCAACAUAACUGUGUGUCAAGAGCCAUUGAAGAUCUCUGUUCUGAACAAAUAUAUUCUCAUUUUGUCUGCAAGAUCUUGAAGAGUUGAGUCAGGACAAAACCAAGCCUUGUCAGUGAAAAGUGAUGUGUCUGUGAAAAGAAUUACUUGGAGCUAUGAUACAGAGAGUAAUUCAGAUGAGAAUUUAACUCCCUCCCCCAUUUUUGAAGAGCUUUAAAAGGCAGAGCAAUGUGAAGUCAUUUGUCCGAUGGUUUCAUUAGCUGUGACUCUGCUGUUCUUUGUUAUAUGUAUAAUAAUGUUUCACACUAUCCUUAGAGUUGACAGUUAAAACAGUUGAUAACAAUCAUAAAUGCUUUGAACUGCCGACUUCAUUUCUGACCACAAAAGAAGUUUAUUCUUCUCUAUUUUAAUGCAUAUAUUUUAACACUGCUUAAAUAUAUUUAUGACUUUAGUAGACUAGAACUUUCUCCUUGUGAUUUUUUUUUUUUUCCCCAAAUAGAUAAAUCUGUAUUCUGAAAUUUGAACCACUUUCUGAUACUUUAAUCUUUCAUCACUUGCUUUUCCACAGGUUUACUUUGGGGGAAACAGUAAUCUGCUAAAUAACUAGUAUCAGCACCCCAUUCUCUGCUGUAAAAAGCCUGAUUAGAUACUGUGUAUGUUUUUAUGUCCAUGAACUUGAGCUACUCGUGUGCAAUUAUGUGUAUGGGAAUGGAGUAGUGUUCAUGAUCUGUAUUUACAUCAUCAUA